GUAUCUAUAUCUAAACCUGGAUGUAUGGAGGUACUGUGCUCCAUGGAACAAUGUUUGAUUGAUCCUCUAGUUCUCUCAGAGUUGGAGAAAGGAUCUGAGUCAGGGAUGUACAACUGGAAGGGGGCAAACUAUACAGAGUUCUGGGGGCGCACUCUGGAGGAGGGGGCAAAGGGCCGCUUAGGGGCAAUUAGACCAGACCACCCAAUUACUAAACAGGUUGCGUACAUGUCUGCAAUAGAAUUCUCGUAUUCUCCCUCCACCCUUCCAGUAUCCUUCUUAGCUGAGACAAGGUGGCCCAGACUACUUUCAUCAAUUAUAGAUCAGGGUUGGUGUUCCUCCUCCUGGGCUAUUAGCACAGUGGGUGUAGCCAGUGACAGAAUAAGUAUUGGACAUGGACAGCGUGUUACACUCGGAGCCCAGGGACUUCUGAAUUGUGACACACGAGGCCAAGGUGGAUGCAAGGGAGGACAUGUUGACCAAGCCUGGCAUUUUCUACGCAAAUCAGGAGUAUGGGAGGAAUCCUGUGUACCGUACAGUGGUGGUGAAGAGAGUACAACUGGAGCAUGUACCAGCUACAACUGCCAAGCGUACAAGAUGCAACCAGCGUACAGAGUAGGGAGAUACAACACUUACUCCCAGCCUAGACUUCCUUUUUUAGAUUUCUUUAUGUAUAAGAGUGGAAUCUAUGGCGUUAGUAAUCUAGCCAGGGAGGAGGUUGUGGGAUAUCAUGCUGUUAGGAUAGUUGGCUGGGGGGAGGAGAGAGGGAUCAAGUAUUGGACCUUGGCGAACUCUUGGGGCAAACAUUGGGGAGAAGAAGGAUAUUUCAGAAUAGUCAGAGGGUCAAAUGAGUGUAAGGUUGAGGAGUUUGUUCUUGGUGUUUGGCCGAAAAGGAAUAUGCGGAGCCCUAGGGUGCGGCACAAUCAGAGGGAUACAGCCAGAUUUUUCUCUGAGCGACAAAAUGCCCGAAGAACCCGGCACGGAAGACGACCUCUGCGCGGUGGUCAUGAUGGUAAACAGAAAUAUCAUCAGGUUGGGUAGAGAUCUGUAGAGACAUUGGCUUAGCAGAGAUCUACAGAGAUCUUUGGUUUAGCAGAGAUCUACAGAAAUAUCAUCAGGUUGGGUAGAGAUCUACAGAGAUCACUGAUUUAGGAGAGAUCUACAGAGAUCAUUCGUUUAGUAGAGAUCUACAGAGAUCAUCAGAGAUCAUUAUUUCAGAUCUUGCCGGUCUAUAUAAUUAUUCAAAACUAGAAUUGGACAUUCAAAAUUAUCCGUUUAAAAAAGCAACAAAUUCUCUCCAAAAUUAUCCGUUUAAAAAAGAAACACAUUCUCUCCAAAAUUAUCUGUUUAAAAAAAGCAACAAAUUCUCUACAAAAUUAUCCGUUAAAAAAGCAACAAAUUCUCUCCAAAAUUAUACGUUAAAAAAGCACCAAGUUCUCUACAAAAUUAUCCGUUUAAAAAGCAACAAUUCUCUCCAAAAUUAUCCGUUAAAAAAGCAACAAAUUGUCUCCAAAAUUAUCCGUUAAAAAAGCAACAAAUUCUUUCAAAAAUUAUCCGUUUAAAAAGCAACAAAUUCUCAUUCAUUACGUUACGCUAAAUUUUGUGCUUUACAAAGAAUAUAAGCCUGAAACCAAAUAGAGAGAAUAGUUAAACUUCUUUUUAUAGUUCUCCCAUUUUAGUUUUAGAGAAGUGAUUCAUAAAAGUGCAGAAAUAAACAUUUAAAAAUUAACAUUACACAAAACCCCCUUCAAAUGUUUAACUAAAACAUAUUUUGAAAUUUUUUGUGAAAGGCUUUAUUUAGAUAAAAAGCUGUCCACUACUAAAGUUAAAAAUAACUUGAAUAUGAUGUAUAAAAGAUUGUCUCCACAUAUAGGGCAUUCAUAAAUUUAUUAGAUUAGUUGUGAUUAGUAUCAAUAUUAGUCAAAUUAUUUGCCAUAUGUUUAUUAUAUAAAUCUUUAAAUAGAAGAAAUGCCAAUAGUCAAAAACUAAAUAUUUAAAUAAAUUAAAACCAACGUAUACAAAUGUUAAAAUAUCAAAUUAGAAAAGUUAUCCGUAAGCAAUGUCUUUUUUUUGUAAUAUAUUUAAAUUUAGAAUGAUGAUAUUCUUAAUAUGGUUUUCUUGCAUUAAUUAUAAAUUAAAUUAUUAUGGCAGAAAAAAAGAUCUUUUUCCUUGAAAUGUGUAGAUGUAUAAUGUACAAUAUUAUGUACUUUCAGCUCGAGUCUUUCAGUAACUUGAUAAUAAUGUAGUAAAUAUUACUUAAUUCUGAAUUCACAAUUAGAUAAAAUAUUUUUUUCUGAAUUUUUCUCUUCAAUAAUUUUCUAUUUCCAACCAUGUGAAAUGCGGAUGAUGUUAUUAUUGGUAAAAAUGUCGUCGUAUUGGAAUAUUCUUAUAAUAUUUGUAUUUGUUUCAGCGUUCAAUAUUUCGUGAUUUUUGAAACCACAAAUACCCAAAAAGAUAAUUUACAACAAAAAAUAUUAGUUUGUAAAUAAGAAGCUUUGUCUGAUCAAGUAUGAAUAAGAAAACCGUU